CCCUUUCUCGUCUCCGGCUCUCCUCCUCACCUUGGCGGCUGUUCUUCCGCCGCCUCUCCUCUAACUCCGCCGCCUCCCACCUCUACGUAGCCAGGUUUCUUCAAGGACCGGGAUACAGACAUGGGGUUGAGGGACAAGAAGAGGAACCAGAGGCGCGUGCUAUCGCGGCGCUCGGCUGGUCCCAAGACCGGCGAGGGGAAGGAUUUCCUGCCGCUGGAAGGGAAGGAGAAGAGGAUCAAGGAGAAGCUGCCCGAGGAGCCGGAGAACACGGCCACGGUCCUCUAUAUCGGCCACAUCCCCCACGGCUUCUACGAGGACCAGAUGCAAGGUUUCUUUCAGCAGUUUGGGGCUGUUAAGAGGGUCAGGAUCUCCCGGAACCGAAAGACUGGAAAGUCUAAGCAUUAUGGAUACAUCGAGUUUGAGAACCCUGAGGUGGCGAAGAUUGUAGCCGAUGAGAUGAAUAACUACCUGCUUUAUGAGCACACCCUGCAAAUUGCUCUUGUCCCACCAGAGAAAGUUCAUGCCAAAUUAUGGAAAGGGGUGCGGAAGGGAUUUGUACCAAUUGACCGGGUAGCAAUUGAACGCAAGAAGCUUAGCAAGGAUAAAACAGUAGAGGAGCACAAGAGGAUGCUUGAAGGAAUUGUAAAACGGGACGAGAAGCGUCGCAAAAGAAUCAAGGCUGCCGGUAUUGAUUACGAGUGCCCAGCCCUGGUCGGCUUUCAGCCUUCAGCUAAGAAGAUCAAGUUCGAUGAGGAUUAGCUAUAUGCCUAUAUGGAGGGCACAAACAUGGCUGGUCGGUUUUAGUGAGGCGAUGGUGAUUUCGUACUUGGGUUUUGUAUCUUGUCUCUUUAGUCUGUUGUAUUAGUUAAAUGACUGGUUUAUGUAGCGAGGAAGCAUAUGAAGCUUGGAUGAAAAAAAGAACUUUCUUGCUUUGCUCCACCAUGAUACGUAUUUACAUCUAUACCUCUCAAUGCAGGCUUGCUGAAUGUUUGACAGAGUA